AUGCCUGUCAAUAUAUUUGGACGACCUGUUGGGUGCCAUGCCUGGAUAUUGCUUGCCAUCUUUCAUCUAGCCAUGGAUUUCUCUUCUUGUGAAUCACAGAUUCAGGGUCAGGGACUCAGCCAGAAUUCAGAGUCGCUCCAUCCAUCACCACGUCACAGACUUGCCACUGGCCCUCUCUGGGUGUACAAAGAUGCCCAUGUUGGGAGAAUUACAAAAUCUUGGUGGCUUAGAAGGAUUUGGCCUGAAAUCCAUUCUGGAAAGCAAAUAUCGAACAAGCCAACAGGAGUUCACAAACUCACGUCAAACACAGGCACCCUGUGUACCGACUGUCAAUCCAAACAAUCUAUGUCUUACAAAUUGGACCCUUCAGUCUCUAUGGAGAUUAGGGAUUCGGUAAAAUUGACCUCUUUGAAAAGGUCAAGAAGGCAGAGUGAUCAUUUUCCAUUUGAGAAUUUUGAAAAACCCAAAUGCACUUCCUAUGACAGUGAAGGAACAGCGACUGUGAUACCGUGCGCCAUAGAAUGGGGGCCCACUAAAGAGGAGCUCACAGAGUUCAACAUGUUUUCAACUCCGACAGGUCUAUCCACCACUACGUUGACCCUGGUGCCCUCUACGAGAAUGACAACUGCCAGAACUACCACCACCACCACCACAGCUAGCACGACAUCCACCACUAUGCAAACCACCACAGCCACACUCAGGAGCCCAAAGAUGGUAGUGCCUGAGCCACGUACAACAGAGCCGAAUCUAAGCUGGGAGCUUAGCAACACAGCCAGGCCAUCCCGCAUUGGAGAUACUGGAGGUUUGGCUGUUCACCAGAUCAUCACCAUCACAGUCUCCCUCAUCAUGGUUGUUGCUGCAUUGAUCACAACAUUGGUUUUAAAAAAUUGCUGUGCGGAAAAUGGGAACGGGCAUCGGAAUAGUCACCAACGGAAGAUCAACCAACAAGAGGAGAGUUGCCAAAAUCUCACUGAUUUCACCGCUGCACGAGUGCCGAGCAACCUGGAUAUAUUCACUGCAUACAACGAGACCCUUCAGUGCUCCCAUGAGUGUGUCCGUGCAUCAAUGCCAGUCUAUGCUGACCAAGGCCUACACCCAACCACUGUUUAUAAAACCACCUUCAACGGAAACCGAACACCCCCACCUGAACGGCAGCUAAUCCCAGUGCCCUUCGUAUCGGAGAAAUGGUUUGAAAUCUCCUGCUGA